CUCCAAUGCGACAGAACCGAUUUAAUUUACCAAGACAACACACGCUUGCUAAAGCAUUAGACGGUCGAGAGCAAGAUGAGGGUCCUGAUAUGCAUGAUGCUGAUCGUCGUGGCGGCGGCUGAAGAGAAGAAUAUCCAGAAGCGCGGGCUUUUAGGGCUCGGUAUCGGUGGUCUUGGUCUUGGUGGUCUUGGUGGUCUUGGUGGCCACGGUGGUCUUGCUCUUGGUGGUCUCGGCGGUCUCGACGGUAGCGAGUGGGCGGCACCGAGCAAAGUCGCAAUCGCCGUCCAGGAUAGACCUGUCGCGGUCCCAGUCGCAGUUCCGAGACCGUACCCUGUCGCCGUCGACCGACCAUACCCAGUACAGGUACCGGUUCCGGUUCCACAACCUGUCGCAGUGCCAGUUGAGGUGCCCAAGCCGUACCCAGUGGUACAGACUCAGACCAUCCAAGUCCCAGUCGAAAAGCCGGUCCCAGUUCCGGUUCCAGUUAAGGUGGCCGUGCCUGUGCCCGCUCCAUACCCCGUCAAGGUCUCGGUUCCACAACCCGUCCCCGUUGCGGUUCCACAACCCGUCCCUGUCCCGGUCCCACACGCGGUCCCUGUUGCGGUUCCACAGCCCAUUCUCGUUAAACAGUCGGUUCCAGUUCUUGUUAAGGGCGGACACUAUGGACACUACUAGAUGAAUUUUCCCUUCAACUUGCCACCACCCCAACCACCUCCUCCCCACCUAACCUAGAGCAUCGCAAAAAAGACAUCGUGACGAGCGACGUACCAAAACAUAACUACGAUUCAUGAAAUAAAUUGAUUUUAUAAAUGUUUUUUAAACAAA